AUGAUACCCACUACUCAUAUAAGCUUGGAGUUGACACGAUCGCUGUUAUCAGAAUGUCUCAUUGGGCUGAGCGAGGCUCAUAGUACGACCAACCCGAAGCUUGAAGGCCUCGUCACCGACAUUCUCGCGCAGCCUCGGCGGCUGAAAAGCCUUCACCUUUCCAGGGAGCUUUCCAAUGCCAAUGAAAAGAGACUUCGGGAAAUAGCCGAUCCCGCUCCCCUGCUUCAAAGCCUGACAAUCGUACGUGCAUAUCGAUCCUCAGGCUACACCCCCUCCGACUCUAUCCUCCCCAAAACCUUCCUCAAUGGCGAGGCUCCAAAUCUUCGGAACUUGGAGUUAAACGGGUAUCAGUUGUCUUGGGACUCGUCCCUACUCCGUGGCCUGACGUUGCUCAAGCUAACGUGCAUGCCACAUCCGAGGUACCGCGUUGACCUUCAGCCCAGUGCCGAAACCUUCUUCGGUGCACUCGAGGUGAUGGAGUCUCUUCGGACGCUGAAUCUAGAUACCCCCCUACCCGCAUCUCCCCUCGCCAAACACCGCACCGUCACCCUUCGACACAUGGAAAAUUUCAGACUGAAGGGAUCUGCAUCAGACUGCGCCAACGUCAUGAUGCAUCUCGUGCUUCCGCCUUCUGCAGCGUUGGAGUUCGUGGUCACGAAGAAGACAGACGAGGCUGACCAGAUCCUGGCCGACUUGACGACCUCGAUCACAAAUUCGUGGCGUUCCGGCGGCCACCUUUUUAGUUCUUCAACUACCACAAUAGGCGGCUUGAAGUCUAUGCACGUUUAUACCGAUCGCCAUACGCUGCUCGUCCGAGGGUAUCCACGGGAUGCGGGCUCCCCCGGAAUUCGUUGGGGGGCCAAUAACCCACCAUCUCUCCAGUUUCAGGUCACUGCCAGUGGACUUUCCGCAACCACCAACCCUAUUGUCCGUCUCCUCGGUGGCCUGCCGUUGGACAAAGUCCGUACCAUCGCUUUGGCUGGUUCGAUCAACACAAGCGCGUUGGAAUUUUUUGGUCUAUUACCCUCCCUCCACACGAUUUCUGUCGACAGACAAAGCAGUGCAGGCUUCGUCAAAUACAUCACGUCCGAUCCGGCCCUCCGACCCAUGGUCAUCAAGAAAAUCGCGCACGGCGAAGCGACACCGGGUGUCCAGAAACCAAAUCCACGGCCGGCACACCUGUCCUAUUUCCGCGCUCUGAAGAAACUGAUUUUUGGAAGAGCAGACUUCCGUAGCUACGCAAUUGACAUUGACGCUCUAUUGGAUUUCUUGAUGUCACGCUACGAGCUGGGCGGGGAGAUUGAGGUGCUCGAGCUGAUAGGGUGCAUCGGGCUGUAUGAGGACGAUGUGAAGAAGCUUGAGGAGGUCGUCGCCGAUGUCGAAUGGGACAAGGAAGUCGUUGAUUUCUACUCGGAUGAGGAGGAAGAAGACGAAUGUGAUUAUUGUGGACAGGAGGGGUGUAUCAAUUGCGACGACGAUUACCAGCCCACCAUCUACGACUUGCUGGGUUAUUGA